AUUAAAAUGAGUUUGGGUUAUGAAUUCUGUUGACCUUAGUGAUAAUGUAAAUAUAUAGCCAACCGGUAAAAGUCCCGAUUGGAAGAAGAAGAAGACUUGAAUUGUAGUGUUUACGUUGUUUACUAUACCCUGGUGGCUUGGAGUAAUAGACCUACUAAGUCACAAUGCCGUCAGCUGCAGAUGAAGUUCAGCGUCAUUCUGUCCACACAUUAGUGUUUCGAUCUUUAAAACGAACUCAUGAUAUGUUCUUGUGUGACCAAGGAGCAUUGCCUCCAAUGGAUGAGUCCUUGGAAUUACUUCGUAGAACAGUGAAAGCACGUGACCAGUAUGGUCCAGUUCUAAAAAUUGUUGCUCAGAACAAGCGUAAGGCUCCAGCUCCAAAAAUUGUUGAGAUGGAAACAGAAAGUAUAUCUGUGCCAAGUCCAGCUAUUGAGAUAACUCCAGGAUCAUUAGCAAUUGCACCUACAUCAGGGCCUAUGGUACCUCCUGUUCCAACUCCUCCUCCUCCACAGAGCACAGCGCUUAUUGCUUCUGUUCCUAGUGCAGGUGCUAGUGCUGGUCAGCAGAGUCUUGUACCACGUCGUGCUCCCACAUUACCUAGACCAAAGUGGCAUGCUCCUUGGAAACUUGGCAGGGUGAUUUCUGGUCAUCUAGGAUGGGUCAGAUGUGUUGCUGUUGAGCCAGCUAAUGAGUGGUUUGCAACAGGUUCUAAUGACAGAGUGAUCAAGAUUUGGGAUUUGGCUUCAGGUCAGUUGAAGUUAUCCUUAACUGGACAUGUGUCAGCUGUUCGCGGUUUAGCUGUAUCCCCACGACACCCAUAUUUAUUUUCCUGUGGAGAAGACAAGCAAGUUAAAUGUUGGGAUCUGGAAUACAAUAAGGUUAUAAGGCAUUAUCAUGGUCACCUUAGUGCCUGUUAUGGGUUGGCAUUACAUCCAACCAUAGAUAUUCUUGUAACGUGCGGAAGGGACUCAACUGCAAGAGUUUGGGAUUUAAGAACGAAAGCAAAUAUUCACACACUAACAGGACAUUCAAAUACUGUAGCAUCUGUAGUAUGUCAAGCAGCUGAACCUCAGGUUAUAACUGGGUCACAUGAUUUUACAAUUCGAUUAUGGGAUUUGGCAGCUGGGAAAACAUCAUGCACACUUACACACCACAAAAAAAGUGUAAGGUCAUUAGUUGCACAUCCAGAUUUGUAUAUGUUUGCUUCUGGGGCUCCAGAUAAUAUCAAACAGUGGAAAUGUCCGGAAGGCAAAUUUGUUCAGAAUCUGUCCGGACAUAAUGCCAUUGUCAACUGUUUAGCUGUAAACCGAGAAGGUGUAUUAGUUUCUGGUGCAGAUAAUGGAACACUCUAUUUUUGGGACUGGCGUACCGGGUACAAUUUCCAAAAAUUACAAGCACCUGUUCAGCCUGGAUCGAUGGAUAGUGAGGCUGGAGUUUUUGCAAUGACAUUUGAUCAGAGUGGAUCACGCCUUAUAACAUGCGAUGCUGAUAAGACCAUAAAGAUAUACAAGGAAGAUGACACAGCGUCUGAGGAAACCCACCCAGUUAAUUGGAGGCCUGAGAUCCUAAAAAGAAGAAAAUAUUAAGCAACCUGAAAGAGCUGAUGUUCAGCAUUAUUAGUUGUAAAAGGAUUAAAAAGUUGCUUUAUUUUUACUGAGUAAGUUAUCUUUCUUCUUUGUAAUAAGUAGAAAAUGUGAACUUGUUAUUUGCAGUAAUCCAUUUACUAAACUUUUGUAUUAGGGGUGUUAUCAAGGAAAUUGGUUUGUCCAUACCAUUUUCAAACCUCCUGUUUUACUUAAAGCACAUAUAUAUCAAAGGUACUUUGCAUCAUCCAUUUGGUCCUUAGUUGCACAACUGAUUAUUCUGUACUUGUCUUCCAUUCUUUGUAAUUACAGUGGUACCUCAGGAUACGAAAUUAAUCCGUUCUGAGGCGGCCUUCGUAACCUGAGUUUUUCGUAUCUUGAACCGCAUUUUCAUGUAAAUUGCCUAAUUUGUUCCAAGCCCUACAAAAACACCCCAGUAAAUUUUAUAAUAAGGCUAAAUUGACCAAUAAAUAAUGAACUACAACAA